ACCAGUGUUCAGGUUAAGUAAGGGCCAGAUAUAUGUCUGCUUGAGCUAACCCCUUUUAGGCUAUGGAUGAGUCAUAUUUAAACAGAAACUUUUUACAAGUCCUAACACUGGUAUAAAAAUAAUGUAUUACUAGCUUAGAGUCCUUAGAGUUUUCAGGAAUUGCAUAUGAAUUAGUGAGAGCCCAGUUUGGGAGGAAGGGUGAGGAACACCAUGGUUAUCUUAAGAGGCAGAUGUCAGAGAACUAACAGCUGAAAAGGAAGCUGAGAUGGAAACUGAGUAGCUACUGAUUGCAUUGCGACUUCCCCUCUUAGGGCUGAGGAAACGAAGUGGAGACCUAAGGACUACAUAGUGAUAAAGGAACUUCACAAAAAGGAGAUGCGAGAUUCAGACCCGUGAGAACUGAGUCUGGCCAAUGAGGCAGAGUCUUCAAGUACACGAAGAAGCUGGAAACUAGGACCAAAGGCUGCUGGAGCUAAAUUGCUUCUGCCAGGGUAAAGACUAGGAGAAAAUUACUAAGAAAACAUCAAAUAAACAGAGAACAAGUCCUGUCCGUCCUCCUCUAGUGCCCCCUACCUGUGGAAACUGGAGGCACAGCUGACACACUGGACCGCUUUAGCCCUCAGAAGCCAUCAGGAGACACUGGACCUGGACUCGGUCUCUUUGAGACGGAAGAAAACAGGAAUUUAAGACACUCCGAAAAUUGCUGCCUUCCUAACUACUUCCACCACCAAAAAGAGCAUCUUCUUCCGGGAUGAAAUCUGACAUUUCAAGUGAGGGAUCAGACUAUGCGGUGCUGGGGUGAGCCUUUACCUGCUUCGAUCUGAUUGAUCUCCACCAGUCCUUGAAGCCUGUGGACCAAAGCUGUUCCAGCGCGCGGGGACACCCUGCGGGGAAAGCCGUGUGUGAGCAGCGCUGACCUCUGGGUUCCAUCGCCCUCGUCCCGCGUGUAGAGAGGAGCCCUGGAGAGGUCACGCCGCGUUCCCAGAUAUGUGACCCCAGCUGUCUGCUCAUGCGCGCUCCCGGGACCCCGGCGCCCGGCCGCCCGGCGCUGCCGCGGCUGCUGCCCGGGUUGCCCGGGUUGCUGCUGCUGUUGCUGCUGCUGCUGAGCGCUUCGGGACGGGCAGUUCCUUGUGUCUCUGGCGGUUUGCCUAAACCUACAAAUAUCAGCUUCUUAUCUGUCAACAUGAAGAAUGUCCUGCAUUGGAAGCCACCCCAGGGUCUACGUGGAGUUGAAGUCACGUACAUGGUGCAGUAUUUCAUCAGAUAUGGGCAGAAGAAAUGGCUGAGUGCAUCUGAAUGCACCAACAUCAGCAGGACCUACUGCGAUCUCUCUGCAGAGACCUCAGACUAUGAGCAUCAGUACUAUGCCAAGGUGAAGGCCAUUCAGGAAACCAAGUGCUCCGAAUGGGUUGAAACGGGACGGUUCUAUCCUUUCUUAGAAACACAAGUUGGCCCACCAGAGGUUGCCCUGACAAGUGGCGAGAAGUCCAUCUCUAUUGCCCUGACAGCACCAGAGAAAUGGAAAAGAAAUCCCACAGAUGACACUGUUUCUAUGCAACAAAUAUACUCCAAUCUGAGAUACAACGUGUCUCUGUACGACACUAAAUCCAGAAGAAGGUGGUCACAGUGUAUCACCAACAGCACACUGGUACUCAGCUGGCUGGAACCGAGCACUCUGUACUGUGUCCAUGUGGAGUCCUUUGUCCCAGGGCCUCCUCGCCUCACUCUGCCUUCUCAGAAGCAAUGCAUUAGUACUCUGGAAGAUCAAAUGUCAGCACUGAAGGUUAAAGUCAUCUUCUGGUAUGUCUUGCCCACAUCUGUAAUCGUCUUUCUUUUUUCUGUGAUUGGCUACUCAAUUUACCGUUACAUCCACGUUGGCAAAGAAAAACACCCAUCGAAUUUGAUUUUGAUUUAUGGAAAUGAAAUUAAAAGAGUCUUGGAGCCUGCUGAAACAAUUACGCUUAAUUUUAUCACCCUCAAUGUGUUGGAUGAUUCUAAAAUUUCUCAAAAGGAUAUGAGCUUCCUGGAAAAAAGCAGUGAUGGUUCCAGCUUUAACGACCCUGAGUUCAGUGAGAGCCAGGAGCCCCAUCUGGAGGAGAUGGAGGGGCAGCAUGUAGGAUACUCUUCGCAUUUGGUGGAUGUUGUCUGUAGUGCUGAGCAAAGAGACAAAAAUGCUCGCCUAGCCCAUCACGAAUGGCUCAGCAGCACCAUGCCCACAGGGGAGGCAGACGCUGAACCUGAGUAUGGUAUCCCAACUGAUUUCUACAGGCAGGCCGAAGACCACCAGUCCUGUGGGCAGGACGAGGCAUCCAGAGCAGGAGAAUUAUCUGAGCCUCAGGCAGCUUUAGCAAACUUGGGCCCACCUCUUGAAGACCUACAUCACCCGGGACAGGAGCAUCCUGGCUCAGAAGAGGGGCCAGAGGAAGAGUCAUCCACAACACUGGUGGAUUGGGACCCUCAAACUGGCAGGCUGUGCAUCCCUUCCUUACCUAGCUUUGGCCAGGAUCCUGUGGACUACGGACAUUGUGAGAGAGACCGGCUUUCAGAGGAUGGUCUUUUGUUCAGAUUCUAUGAGAACCAGGCACCUGACAAGCCAGAGGACGAAGAUGAAAACUAUCUUGUACAAUUUAUGGUGGAAUGGGGGUUACACGUACACAUGGAAAGCUAAACCCGGACUUCCUGUUGACUUGAUGUCUCCAGUGACAGGGCAUGCGCCUGUCAACAAAUGAAUGAACCAUUCCAGUGAGUGAACCAUGGAGACGAGUAGGUCAACCUGUGUCCAGAUUCCCAGUGUCAGACAUGACUUUCCUGUCUCUGUUCAUGCACUUGGUCGGCCCUGCCUCCUCCAGGUGGUUGACUUCUACAGGACCAUCGUCCCAAUCCAUAGCAAAUCCUGGAGUACAGGAACUUCUGGAAUACAGGGCCCUGAGCUUUGUUGUAGACAGAGUAAGCAUCUCCAAGUUGGAUGGAGACUUUCUACAGGAGCUUGCACUGUGGACAUGGUUUAUUAUUUUCUAACAAGUAUGCCUAUAGUACAGUUAUUUUCUAGAUUUUUUUAUCAUACAUAUGUACCACGGUAAAAUGUUUCAUAAAAGUCAUUUAUUUUAUAAACA